GACGGCCUUUCCCUGGUAGCUGAAAUCGUUUCACCAGGCUUGAUUAUACUUUCAGCACUGGAUACGCCACCUACACUUUAUCUCACGUUUGCUUUAGAUGAAAAGCGCUCCCUCCACGGACCAAGAUGCUCGCAGAAGGACCGUCUCCGUCUCCGAAGUAUCUCAAAUGGCAACGAAUUGCAAGGAAUAACCCUCGGCGUGUCAUUGCUCUGAUUAUGCACGAAAAUCCGAAUCAGUGGGGAGAUGAUCUCGUAGCAAACCUUGAUUCAGCUCUUGACGUUGUCUUUGAUCUUACGAUGCGAUGGGACUCCGUGUGGGAAGGUCUAGUAAACGAAGGCAUCGUGAAGGCAUUGUGUUAUACUACACGAGAGCUCGUACUUCUGCUGUCAGAAGAGGAGAGGCGUGCGGGACCAGAGUCGAACAAACAUGCGUCGUGGUACACUGGACUCACAACGCUGAGAUCUGCGGUUGCGAACCAUAAAUUGGGCAAUCCUGCGAGUCCUGCCCGACAAAGAUUCAUGAUAGAUAUGAAAGAAUAUUGGAGUGAGAUUAUGUUAGUGCUGUGGCUCAAGCCUCAGUACAGUUUGAAGCCUGGGUGGUGUCAUGUCGACGAACGAUAUAUUACCGGAGCGCUCCUCAUAUUCAUGCUUUCCAUGGACCCAUCUAUCCUUGACGUUAUCGAUUCCCCUAACGACAUUACGGUUGCGGUAUUGACGCGCAUGUGGCUACACUCAACCGAGACUAGGGACUUCAUAGGGUGCUUGACCCCAUUGUUAACGGUGUUCUGGCCCCAAGCUCAGGUUAUCCCAGGUGUAGUUGAAGCUUGUCAAGAAUACAGAGAGAUACGCCCCGUCCCACAACACAUCAUCGCCUCGUUCACCCGUGGCUUUCCGGACGGUUCCGCACGAAAGUUUGUUCGAGCACUCGAGAAACGUCUGCCGACAAUGGAAAUUGCAGAUCUUUCCGAAGUCAACAGAGCCCUGGCAUAUCUCUUCCGAGCGGCAUAG